UCCUCCGGUACCCCACUGGCAUCAUCCCCACUAGCGGAUAAAUUAGGAUGGAUUCCGGCGGAGAUUCCACAGACCGCCGCUCUUUCUUCUCUCUUUCUCCUCGCGGUCCUUGCCGUCCGCCGCUUCCAAGGCCGCGAGAACGAGCGCAGGGACAGGACGAGAGAGCGGGAGAGAGAUAGCAAGAUGAAGGCGACUGUGAAGGGGAGAUACGAGGUGGACAAGAGCUCAGCUUCCGCCACCUUCGCUGUCAACGCCGGUGACGUCAAGCUCAAGGCCUCCAUGACCGAUGCUACCUUCGUCCACGGUCCCUCCCUCAACGGCCUCGCCCUCUCCCUCGAGAAGCCCGGCUCCUUCAUCAUCGACUACAACGUCCCCAAGAAGGAUGUGAGGUUUCAGUUCAUGAAUUCGGCGAGGGUUUUGGACAAGACGGUGAGUUUGACCUAUACGCAUGCCCGUGGGGACAAUCGGGUGGGCAUCGAUGGUUCGGUGGCGUUCGAUCCGGCGAACAAGGUGUCGGUGAGUUAUGCUUUGGAUUCGGGGAAUUGUAAGGUGAAGUAUGUAUACACCCACGGGGUGCUGAGGAGGACUGUGCUGGAGCCGUGUUAUGACGUGUCGAAGAACUCGUGGGAUUUUGCGGUGACAAGAAAGUUUGAAGGGGGUGAUUCGCUUAAGGCUACCUAUCAGACAUCGUCGAAGAAUCUCGGGCUGGAAUGGAACAGGGAGUCAAAGUUUAACGGGUCCUUCAAGAUUUCCACAUCAGUCAAUCUGGCAGAGCAAAAGAAGGUUCCAAAAAUAGUAGCUGAAAGUACAUGGAAUUAUGAGAUGUGAUCUUAUCAUAGUUAAUUCUUAUACUUCAGCCUUGGCGAUGGGCUGUUCAAUCAAACAACUUAUUGUUGUUCAACUUUCUUUAAAAUUUAAUUAUCAAUUUUUGUCAAGUUGUUGCUUCACCAAGGCAUGAGCUUGAAGGCAUAAAGAAUUUGCAUAAGCCCUGGAACAAAAUUCAGUCUUUUUUUUUUUUUCGGUUGAUUGCCUUGUAUUCUCAUUUUUGAUAACUUGAGCCUGGACUUGGUUGAUGGUAUAAAAAUGCUUUUCCCAAA